ACCAACAACAAACCUCAUUUGUUUCAUCUCAUCAGAAGAAAAAUGGGUUUUUUGGCUCUAGUCAUUUCAUUACUGACAUUUAUCUUAACAAACCUUUUGAGUUCUAACUCUGUAGCUCUAACUCAAGAUGGUAAGGCAUUGUUGGAAAUCAAAGGGUUUUUGAAUGACAGUAGAAGAUUACUUGAUAAUUGGAAAUAUACUGAUGAAUUUCCUUGUAACUGGACUGGAAUCACUUGUCAUAAGAAUGACAAUCUUGUUAGUUCUAUAAAUUUAGCAAAUAUGCAACUUGGAGGGAUAACAUCUCCUAGUAUUGGGAAGCUUAGGAGAUUGCAGAGAUUGGCACUUCAUCAGAAUAGCUUGCAUGGAAUUAUUCCUGCUGAAAUUUCUAAUUGUUUGGAACUCAGGGCUUUGUAUCUAAGGUCUAAUUAUCUUCAAGGAAGUAUUCCGCCAGAGCUUGGAAAUCUUACAAAUCUUAUCAUAUUGGAUAUAUCGAGCAAUUCACUUGAGGGAUCCAUACCUCCCUCCAUUGGUCGUCUUACUCGGUUGCGCUUUUUAAACUUGUCAACUAACUUUUUCUCCGGUGCAAUCCCAAAUGUUGGCGUUCUUGUCGGUUUUGGGAACAAGUCGUUCAUUGGAAAUUUAGACCUUUGUGGCCUGCAACUUCAGAAGCCAUGUCUUGGAUCACUAGGUUUCCCUGCAGUCUUACCACAUACAGAAAAAGAUGAAACAGCAGUUCCUUCUAAGCUAUUUUCUCGUUAUCUCAAUGGAGUUCUUAUUGCUGCAAUGUCUACAAUGGGUCUUGCACUUCUUGUGCUGCUAAGUUUCCUAUGGAUUUCUUUACUAUCAAAGAAGGAAAGAACAGCAAAGAAGUACAGGGAAGUCAAUAAACAAGUUGAUCCCGACCCAAGUGCAAGGCUUAUUACUUUCCAUGGCGACCUUCCAUAUUCCUCGUGUGAGAUCAUAGAAAAGCUUGAGUCACUCGAUGAAGAACAUGUAGUGGGGUCUGGAGGAUUUGGCACUGUAUACAGAAUGGUUAUGAAUGAUUGCAGUACAUUUGCUGUUAAAAGGAUAGAUAGGAGUCGAGAAGGAUGUGAUGAAGUUUUCGAGAGAGAACUUGAGAUUUUGGGCAGUAUCAAUCACAUAAACCUUGUCAAUCUUCGAGGUUAUUGUAGACUUCCUUCUGCCAAGCUUCUUAUCUAUGAUUAUCUGGCUUUGGGUAGUCUAGAUGAUUUACUUCAUGAAUAUGGUGAAGAAGAACAGGUCUUGAAUUGGAAUUCUCGUUUAAGGAUAGCCCUUGGUUCAGCCCGAGGACUGGCUUACUUACACCAUGAUUGUUGUCCGCGGAUAGUUCACCGCGACAUAAAAUCUAGCAACAUACUCCUCGAUGAAAACCUAGAACCACGAGUGUCUGAUUUUGGCCUUGCUAAGCUUUUGGUUGAUGAGGACGCACAUGUCACCACUGUUGUUGCUGGAACAUUUGGUUACUUAGCUCCAGAAUAUCUGCAAAGUGGACGGGCAACUGAGAAGUCGGAUGUUUAUAGCUUUGGAGUUCUCUUGUUAGAGCUUGUAACUGGAAAGAGACCUACUGAUUCUACCUUUGUAAAGAGGGGAUUAAAUGUUGUCGGUUGGAUGAACACUAUGGUGGGUGAGAACAGGUUAGAGGAUAUAGUGGAUAAAAGAUGUACUGAUGCCAAUGUGGACACUUUAGAAGCGCUUCUUGAGAUUGCUGCAAAAUGCACUGAUGCCAAUACAGAUGACCGCCCUUGCAUGAAUCAAGCUCUACAGAUGCUAGAAGAGGUUAUGUCACCUUGUCCUAGUGAAUUCUAUGAAUCUCAAUCAGAUUAUUGUUAAAAGUGGACAUUUAGCGUAGGUGUUGUUGUAUGUCUGUAUGUGAGUUAUCAGCUUAUGUAAGAUAAAAGGUGUUAUACGUUUGGAAGUGCAUUUUGCGGUUUUCCCAGUGUGAGUAUAUGGCUCAUUUGUUGUGCGAGAAAACACUAGAGUUUUGCCAAACAACGGAGACAGAUCUUGUGUACCAACUUACUUAUUCUUAAUCAGCCAUCAGUAUCCCAACUUGCAGCUAGUGGUGUGGUAAGCGCUUACGCCUGCCUGUUUACUUUCUCUUCUCCUGUGUAAAUUUUUUAUUCCGUUUUGUAUAUCUUCCUUUGCAGUCGGCAAUUUUCUUCAUUCUUAUCCCAUUUCAGUACGUCAUUUUAUUCUUUUUCAUUUUGGACGGUUUGUUAAAAUAACCUGUCUAUUCUUCCAUCCUGACUUUUGUGUGAUCCAUUUUAAUAUGCGGCACUCUCAUCACUUACACGGCUCUGAUUUUAUUCAUUUAAAGUUGCGUAAUGUUAAGAAGAAAAUAUCAUGAAAAAUUUAGUGAAAUCUUGCAUUUGACGGGGCUUAGGCACUUUCAGCUUUUAAAAUCUUCUUGUUAAAAUGUCGUUAGAACAAAUCGGUGGAGCUUUGGUGGGAGAAACAGUAUCGGAUUUACUAAUAACAGUUCUUGAUGCUAAAGAUAAAGCAUUGAGUUUCACAGCUUGCUUAGAACGACUUAAGAGUACAUUAGAAUCAGUGAUACCCAAAGUUGCAGAGAUGAAGCGUCUAGACCAAGCAAGAGGAAGCGAUCAUAGACAAAGGCCGGAACUGAAGAAAUUGGUACAUGCAUUAAGGGAAGGGAAACUCUUAAUUAAGAGUUGUUCAGAAGUUAAGUCUUGGGAUUUCUACUCGAAAAAGAAGUAUUCGGAGAAAAUACUUGAACUGGAUAGUUGCUUGUUCAGGUGUUUUCAAGUGGAUGUGCAAGCCGCAAUAUGGUGUGAUGUUGGACAGCUCUUGGUUAAUAUUCACAAAGUUGACCAGAAGUUGGAUCGCUUGGCGGCAGAAAAAGGAAUUAGUAGCAGUGAUAGUACUGAGAAUCCCGUUCAGAUUCAACAUAGCAGCAGCCGAGAUGUAGUAAGAGGAGGUGUUGCGACCAUUUCCCCAGUGGCAGGCACUUCCACAUGUUGUCCGAACAUGGAUUCUACCAUUUCAAACAGAUACAUGGCCAAAGUUUUGAAUAUCAACUACCAGAGUGGAAAACCUCGGCAGGCAAAAGCAAGGAUGAGGAAGUUUGGCUUCUCCUUUCUUAUGCAAUCGUGGAGACUCGAAAAUAAUCGGAGAACAACCGUGCCUCCAACAAGCUUGAAAUUUCAGUGGAUGACAUAAUUUUGCAUGUAAAAUGGGUUUGAAUCAAAACUUGCACUCAUUGGGAUGCAAAUUCUAGAUAUGUAAUUUAGAUUCUCAGAAACCCCUUUAGUUUUUGUUUUUAUUUGCAAAAAACAUUAUGGUGUGGGUUUAGAUGCAAAUUAUCUAACUGUGAAGUCUAAUGGAAAGAGUAUCACAUGUCAGAACAAGGGCUAUGGAGCGAGUGCUUUCACUCUAAUGGAAAGAGUUUGAUCAACUGUGGGUUGGGGGAACAAAUCUACCAAACACUUCUUCAAUUGAAAAAGUAUGUGAAAGCGGAGGCACAUCUUUAGCUCCCCCCAUAGUAAUACUGAUACUGGUUGGAACGGCCACAUACUUUGCCGGAUAAUACAACAACAUUAAAGCCUAAGAUCAACAAAGUUACAUCAAAGCUAGUAAAAUUCUCUUUCCGAACCAAGGAUUCAGCUCUUACAACUGUUAUUACUGUGUAUUUUAAUGUGCAUUUUGUGUUUCCAGAAAAUGGGUCAUUUAGCUGAAAGUGUACUUUUCCUGGGUCAAAUGGGCGGGUAGGCAUUCCAUCUGGGUCAAAUGGAUAGGGGAAUCUUUUAAUAGAAACCGACCCAAUUACCCUUUUUUAACUGAUGAGAAAAAAAACCGCUGGUUUAACUACACCACGUUCUCCCUCAACAAAACCACCAUCGUCUUUCUUCUUCAUUUUCAUCUUCUCACAAACCAUGAUAACCAAAUUCCUCCACCGUCUCCCCACACCCAAAACUACUAGAAACUAGUUUCAUCCUCCGCCUGCUCGCCAACAACAGUAGCAAAAAACGUUUCCUAACAAUCAUCAGUUUCAUCAACAAUAGCAGAAAUCAAUUUCAUCAACCAUUUGCUCAACAUCAACAGCGUCAUAAAAUUGGUUUCAUUCACCGUCUGUAAACACCAUCAACACUACACUACAACAUGAGAGGUUUCUAGGGUUUCAAUCGAUCAAUCAGUUCAGUGUAUUAGAAGAAUCAGGGUUUCAAUCUAUCCACAGAAUGUCUCCUAUAACUCGUAAUUUUUCAAUCCCUAGCUCUGAAUUUUUCUUA